AGCAGAAAGAAAUCAAAACAAAGAUGGUUCCCAAGUGAAAAGUUGUUUCUCCCUUCAAAGUGGUGAAAAUUUCGGAAAUUUUGCAUGAAAAGUGCUGCAAGAAUGGUGAAAAAUAGCCGGAGUCGCUGCCCGUCGGUGAACCUCAUCGCUUCCGGUUUGAUAUUGUUGGUUUGCUGCGUUUUACAAACCACAAAUGCGGGUCAGCUGCACGAGAAUCUGAAGCACUACGAAACGCUGCACGCGGACCAGCUGACCCAUCGGAUUACGAAGCGGGGCGCGAAACCGAGCAGUCAUCCGUUCAACACGAUCAAGGAGGUGGAGUUCAAGGUGCUGGGACGGAACUUCCGGUUGAUUUUGCACCCGCACAAGGACGUCCUGCACAGCAAUUUCCGGGCGUACUCGGUGGACGGAAGUGGGGCGGAAUCGAUCGUGCAUCUGGACCAUGAUAACUUCUUGAGGGGCCGCGUCUUUGGGGAGGUUCACUCGCAGGUAAAUGCCCACUUGGAGGACGGGAUUUUGACGGCGUCGGUGUUCCUUCCGGACGAGACGUACCACAUUGAACCGUCGUGGCGGCAUUUGGACCACCUGAGUGACCGGCACAUGAUCGCGUACAAGGCGUCCGAUAUCAAGUUUAGCUGGGACCAGGUUGAUGCCGUCGGUGGUGAGAUGGGUGGAGUGCCGAAGACUUGCGGUUACGUGAAGGAGGGCUUGGAAUUGGAAGUGAAUGAUGACGACGAUGAUGAAGAUGGCGAUGAGGAGGAGGAUGGGGAGCGUCCAGAUCCGGAUGAUAUUCCGUCGGUUUGGACCGCGGCCACGGUGUCGGCGGCCGAGCAGAAGUCACGCAAGAAACGGCAGGCCGACCAGUACGAGUACACCCCGACGAAGACGCGCUGUCCGCUGCUGCUCGUUGCGGAUUACAGAUUCUUCCAGGAAAUGGGCGGAAGCAACACCAAAACUACCAUCAACUAUUUGAUCAGUCUAAUCGAUCGGGUGCACAAAAUCUACAACGACACGAUCUGGCAGGACCGCACCGAUCAGGAGGGCUUCAAGGGCAUGGGCUUCGUCAUCAAAAAGAUCGUGGUGCAUUCGGAACCGACGCGGGUUCGCGGCGGUGAGGCGCACUACAACAUGGUGCGUGAAAAGUGGGACGUGCGGAACCUGCUGGAGGUAUUCUCCCGCGAGUACAGCCACAAAGACUUUUGUCUGGCUCACCUGUUCACCGACCUCAAGUUCGAGGGUGGCAUUCUAGGUCUGGCGUACGUGGGCUCUCCCCGGCGUAACUCCGUCGGCGGCAUCUGCACACCAGAAUACUUCAAGAACGGUUACACGCUGUACCUUAACUCGGGGCUGAGCAGUUCGCGGAACCACUACGGCCAGCGGGUCAUCACGCGGGAAGCGGAUCUCGUGACGGCGCACGAGUUUGGCCACAACUGGGGCUCGGAGCACGAUCCGGACAUUCCGGAGUGUUCACCGUCGGCGUCGCAGGGUGGCAGCUUCCUGAUGUACACCUACUCGGUCAGCGGGUACGACGUGAACAAUAAAAAGUUCUCGCCCUGUUCGCUGCGCUCGAUCCGGAAGGUGCUGCAGGCAAAGUCGGGCCGGUGCUUUUCCGAGCCGGAGGAGUCGUUCUGUGGGAAUUUGCGCGUUGAGGGGGACGAGCAGUGUGACGCUGGGUUGCUAGGAACGGAGGACAACGAUGCGUGCUGCGAUAAGAACUGCAAGUUGAGACGGAACCAGGGCGCGGUUUGCAGUGAUAAGAAUUCGCCGUGCUGUCAAAACUGUCAGUUUAUGAUGGCCGGGGUCAAGUGUCGUGAGGCGCAGUACGCCACGUGUGAGCAGGAGGCACGAUGCAGCGGAAAUCACGCGGAUUGUCCGAAAAGUCCGCCGAUGGGCGAUGGGACCAUGUGCCAGGAGCGGGGACAGUGUCGCAACGGGAAGUGCAUUCCGUACUGCGAGACGCAGGGUCUGCAGAGUUGCAUGUGCGACACGAUGACGGAUGCGUGCAAGCGGUGCUGCCGGCAGAGCAUCAACGAGACGUGCUUCCCGGUGGAACCGCCGGAUGUGCUUCCGGACGGGACGCCGUGCAUCCAGGGCUUCUGCAACAAGGGGAUGUGCGAGAAAACCAUCCAGGACGUUGUAGAGCGGUUCUGGGAUAUCAUCGAGGAGAUCAACAUCAACAAGGUGCUGCGGUUUCUGCGGGAUAACAUCGUCAUGGCGGUAGUGAUGCUAACGGCCCUGUUCUGGAUCCCAGUCAGCUGCAUCAUAUCGUACUUUGACCGAAAGAAGCGAAAAGAGGAUUGGAAGGAGUACGAGUGGAGCCAGAAGCUGGACCUGAUUCACCCGAGCGAUCGUCGCCGGGUCAUUCACAUUAGGGUUCCCCGUCAGAAAAUAACAGUCGCCCGGAUGUAGACGAACCUGACAAACUGCCAUCGGAAGAAUCGAUUCUUCCCCCAACGUACCCCCCAGUAGUGUCCCUCUCUCACAAAAUAAAACUCAAAUUUAUGUCGAAAAAGU